GCGUGAAUGAAGAUAUCUCCUUCAAGUUAACGUUGAUCCCUGAUGCAUUGAUCAAUCAAUCGGCGCUAUCAGCACUAGUUGACAUAUUGGAAUGAUUCGAUUUUUUUUCACCCUUGCAUCAGGUGAGUACUAUAUAUACAGUGCCUUCAUCAUGAUGAUAGGCUCUAAAUCCGGCUGUUCUUUAUCACUCAACAUUAUUGCAUCUUUCUUCGUUACUGCUAUCGAACCGGAUUGCCUCUGACGACGUCCGCAGGAUGGAAAAGACUCUGCACGGCUCCCCCUCGUCAGACACGAUGAAGGACGAUCGUUUCGAAGAGAUCUCAGAUGCAGAGAAAGCUGUUCUUGAAGGGACUGUCUGGAGGAAGUUAGAUAUAUGGGUGCUGCCCGUCUGCACUAUGUUCUAUCUCCUUUCUUUCCUUGACCGGAGUAAUAUCGCAAAUGCUCGGGUUGCUGGCAUGCAGACUAGUCUCAAGAUGACCAACCACCAGUACAGUAUUGCUCUGACCAUGACAUAUGUCCCGUACAUCGCAGCAGAGUUCCCUUCGAACUUGCUGUUGAAGUAUGUGGGACCACGGUGGAUGCUGCCAACCAUGGUCACCAUAUGGGGCCUUGUGGCAACCAUGCAAGGCGUUGUGAAGACUUACUCGGGUCUGCUGGCCUGUCGAUUCUUCUUGGGUCUCAUGGAAGGUGGUCUGUUCCCUGGUCUUGUGCUUUAUAUGUCUUUCUUCUAUCCAAGAGAGAGAUUGCAGAUCAGGGUUGCUACGUUCUUCGCAUCCGCGUCGCUCUCUGGCGCAUUCUCUGGUCUGCUGGCAGCUGCUAUCAUGAAUCUCAAUGGGAAGGGUGGGAGACCUGGAUGGGCUUGGAUCUUCAUUCUUGAGGGAAUUUUUACCUUUUUGUUUGGAUUGACAGCCUUCCUGCUCCUUCCUAACUCCCCGUGUACUGCGCGCUUCUUAUCUACGAAGGAACGCAACUAUGUCAUGGCUAAACUGAAGGCGGAUGGUGCCGUUGCUGAUGACGACAGGAGCGAUGGCUUCAGUUGGAUUGAGGUGAUUCGGUGCUGCCAGUCAAUUCACGUCUGGCUGUUGGCGCCUGUUCUAUUUUUCCUCGGUACAACAUUGUAUGGCCUCGCUUACUUUGAGCCCACGAUCGUCGCUGGUCUGGGUUACACCGGCAAUAAAGCACAGCUGAUGAGCGCACCGCCCUUUGCGGUUGCGUUUGUGGUCUCGAUGAUCACUGCAGUGAUUUCGGAUCGGUACAAAUGCCGUGGCUUCAUUCUUAUCUUCUUCUCGACUUGUAACCUUGUCGGAUUCAUCAUGUUCUAUGCGAGCAAAUCAAAUCAUGUACGUUAUGGAUCACUCUUCCUGACUAUCAGUGGGUCGUACUGCGGCGCUCCGCCGGUUAUCACAUGGGUAGCGAACAACAGUGCACCACACGUCAGACGGGCAACUUCUGUCGCUAUCGCAUUUAUCAUGACCAACUCCGGUGGUAUCCUGGCCACCUGGCUUUUAGGCUCCUUGUCUCCUGCACCCGACUAUAAAAAAGCUACGAUCACCUUCAUCAUCAUGUCAGUGGGCAUGGUAAUACUCUCUUGCACCACCUUGGCGUACUUUUGGCACCAGAACCGCUUAAAGGCCGACAGACGGCAGUUUAGCACUCCUGAGGAAGAACCCAAAGGCCUGGGCGAUAAAAGUGCCUGGUUUGUUUAUAACUUGUAGAAGACUUGCAGCAAAAAGACUUGUUACAUGUUACCCCUAGUUACGAAGAUAACUUAUUCUUGAAUGCAUGAUUCUUGU